GGCCAGUGCCCGGGCGGAAAGGGCGGAGUCUCUCCCCGGGUUGGAGGUCGCGGGGUGGAGUGGCCUCGGAGCGGGUGAAGCUGUGUGAGGACGUGAGGCUUCAGGUGGACUGGUUCCCGGAAAGCGAUGGCUCCAGCCCUGCGCUGUCCUCUGUGCCGCCAGAGCUUCUUCUCGGGUCGCGGACACGUCUACAGCCGGAAACACCAGAGACAGCUGAGAACAGCCUUGGAGCGACUGCUGCCCCAGGUGGAAGCUGCCCGAAAAGCAAUCCGGACUGCCCAAGUAGAGCGCUAUUCUCCUGAGCAUGACCAGUGCUGCUGGUGCCUGUGCUGUGGUUGUGAGGUUCAGAAACAUCUGAGCCAUGGAAAUAUGACUGUGCUGCAUGGAGGUCUGCUAGAACAUCUGGCCAGUCCAGACCACAGGAAAGCAACCAAUAAAUUUUGGUGGGAGAAUAAGGCAGAUGUUUUGCUAAAAGAAAAGUUCCUGGUCUCACAGCAUGAUUAUACCCGAUUCAAGAAAUCCAUGGUAAAGGCUCUGGACUCCUAUGAGGAAAAAGAAGAUGAAAUGAUUAAAAAGAUGGCAGCCCAGAUUCGAGAGGUGGAACGCAGCCGGCAGGAGGUGGUACAGUCUGUCUUAGAGCCUCAGACGGUGCCUGACCCAGAAGAGGGCUGUUCAGCGCCUUCUGUCUGGAAAGAAACAAACAGGAUAACCCCCAGCUCACAACAGCUCUCCUUGGACCCUCAAACUCCAGAACUCAACUGGAUGGAGACCACGCAGUCUCUGACUUUCAUUGGACAUCAGGACACACCUGGAGUUGGCAAUGUUCAUUCAGGGGCUACCCCUCCCUGGCUGCUGCAGGAUGAUGAAGACUGCAACAGCUCCGCACACCAGAUUGGGCCUUCCUAUGAAGACUUCCUCAAAGAACGUAAGUUAGAUGGAGGGGUGGGGAUUUUCAUACUUCAUGCUCCAAACUUUACUCAUCCUCUUGCAGAAGAGAAACAGAAAUUGAGAAAGCUGCCCCCAGACCGGGUAGGGGCCAAUUUUGACCACUGCUCCAGUACAGGUGCAGGCUGGCUGCCUUCCUUUGGCAGAGUUUGGAAUAAUGGGCGCAGAUGGCAAUCUCGGCAUCAAUUUAAAGCAGAAGCAAAGCAGUAGCUGGCCAUCAAGUAAACAUUGGAGGGAGGAUUGCAUAAAUUUCCCCCAGGAUUUAGCAAUGUUAUGAAUGUUGUAAAUAAAAUUUAUGCUUUUUCUAA